AUGAAAAAAAGACAUCAACCAACAAAAUUUGACUGCUGUGCUGAAGGCCACUCUGGGAGGUCUGAAGAAGCUCGACUGCUUCCUGGAUGCAGUGGAGAAACUGGCGGUCAUCUUGCUUCAUGUGUUCAUGGAGGAGAACCAGGUGCUACAUCUGUGACAGCUGGAGUUUUUCUAGGUCUGAUAAUAGGUAGGACAGCACUGGGAUUAACCAGCGGACUCAACAGUGCUGUUACCACCGCCACAGAGCUUGUGGUAAACCAUAAACAUCAAAAGGAAGCUGGUGAAGUCUUCCAGAGCUUCAUGGAGGAUGUGCAGAGUCUCCAGGAUUGUCUGGAGGAGGUGUCUGCUCAACCAGCUGCUAACAUUCCAUUGAAUGUACAAUAUCUCAAGGUACUCAGUUUGUUGAGUAAACCUGUGUCAGUUAGACGCAGUAUUGGCUCACUUGUUACAGAUGUCUCAGCUUUACAGGCAUUGAGAAGUGACGAGCAGGCUCUGAGGGCUGGCUUAGUGGUGGUGCAGGAAGGACAAGCAUUACGUAAUGUGCCCAGGGUGGCUUCAGAUCUCCCAGAUAUUGGACAGGCAACUGUCAAAGGGCCUCUUGCCCUCUCCAAGUCAGCCAGGGCUGGUCUCAUUGGGCUCAAUGCUCUCUUCCUCGGCAUGGAUAUUGUCUUCAUCUGUAAAGACAGUAUCAGUCUGGCCAAAGGCAGCAAGACUGAAAUCUCGCAGUUAAUCAGAGCCAGAGCUGCUCGUUGGAGCUCAGAGUUGGACUCAUGGCAGAAGAUUCAUGACUCACUGAGCAAAGGUCUGCAGACAUCAGAGAAAAACAAAGGUAUCCUGGAGACGCCAUAUUAUCCAGAGAGGGAGGUGAAGACAGAAAGAAAAACAGAAACUCCAUCUGAUGAAGUGGAUGUAAAGCCAAAAAUGAAAGAGAAAAAAUAG